AUGCCAGCUAAGGGAUUGUCAAUCCCCAAACCCAAUGUCUCCAGUGCGUCGUCUGAGCGCCCCAUGGAGAGUGAGGAAUGGAAACGACGUCCUCCAUAUCUGAUUCAAUCCCCUGAGGAGUUUGGUCCGGUGAAAUGGCAAGCCAAAUGCCAGUGUGGUCAAGUCACCUAUAAGAUUAGUCGAGAAAAGCCGCUGAAGGCCAAGUACUGUCAUUGUCGAGGUUGCCAAGUCAUGCAUGGAGCUCCUUUCCAAUGGGCUGCAAUUUUCCACAAGUCUGAUCUGACAUUCGACAGGGGGGCCCAUGGUCUCUCAUUCUAUUCUUCCGCUCACAGUACGAGAGAAUACGAAGUCCCAACGAAGGUAUCAUGUUCAUUCUGUCGGACUCCCAUCAUGGACGAAGGGCGAAAUGUAUGCCUCAUUUUCCCAGAAGCUAUUGUCGCUGGUGAUUCGGACAAAGAGCGCCAGGGGUGGAGGGAGGCUUUCGCACCUGAGUAUGUCAUCACUUCUCAACAAUUGCUAUCAGAGAUUCCUGGCUAA